AUGUACAUCGACACCGAGGCCGCGAACCAGGCCGCGAAGAAGCCGCAGGUCACGAUCAGUAGUCCGGCACGGUAUCCCGAGGAGAGGACGCCGCUGCUCGAAACUUUUGUGGGGCAGGAUGCGCCGCCGAGUUAUCUUGAGGCGACUACACCCAUGGGGUGGCGAGAGGAAGGCGUUGGGUUGCUGAACGAGGAACGGGCGGUGUUGACGCCGAUGAGGGAGGAGGGGCACAAGGAUGGGAGAUAUCGGCGGCGGGAAUGGAAGGAGAUUUUUUCGAGAAAGAGAGUGAAGUGGUCGGGAGCGUUGCUGGCGGCUAUAUUGCUGAUCGUCGUCAUCGCGGCGCUGGCGCAUAGAGACAAGAAGUCGACAGUCGUGACUCCACCCGCACAGCCUGUUCAGUCAGGUACCCCAAUAUCGAAACCAACAAAGGGCAAGGAGAGCUUUCCCAUCCGGUGGCCUGCCGCUUGUGGAAAGAAGAAUUACAACAUCAAGACCGAGGAGAGGGCUUUUGGCAAGCCAAGUCAAUUGGAUAUCGUAGAAGCUGUGCAUCAGCUCGAUGGUCCUUGGAAGCGAGUGUCCGGCUGGAUCCAUGUAGUCCAAGCACCCGCAGAGCAAGCCGCAGGCACCAUUGAGGCCAGAAUGUCGUAUGCCGCAUCUCAGACAGUCGACGUGGACAGCAUCAAAUAUUCAUGGACUUCGACCGGCAUUACCAUCGGCGACCCCUCCUUUCCGGACGGUUUCGACGGCCUACACAGGGGCGAAUCGUGCCUGGGCAUUUCCGUUGUUAUCUACAUGGCUGCCGGUGCCACCCUCGAAAACUUCAAUGUCCAGGCCAUACAUAUGGGCAUGCAGAUCCACGAAGGCGUCAACUUCUCCGUCACAAACGGCACCUCCAUCACAUUGACUACCGGCACCCUCGACGCGUCGUCAUUCAACUCCCGCGAGACACGCCUGGAAACCAUAUCCGGCUCCAUCAGCGGGAAGUACUCACUCCUCGACCUGCUCUCGAUCGUCACCAAGUCAGGCUCCGUCAACAUCAACGUCGAUCCCAAAGAGAAAGCCGCGGACGGUCCCAGCACGGCACUGUUCUACGCGAGCACCAUGUCCGGCAGCAUUCGCGUCGACACAGAGCGCAAGAAGAUUCCCGAGCGCGACUACGUCGUCAGCAUUAACAGCACAGCGGGCUCUAUUGACGGUACCUUCAUCCACGGUACCAAGACAGACUUUUCUUCUGUCGCCGGUGGCAUCAAUGUCGACCUUAUCCCGUACUCCGCUGAUGGUAGCUCCAUCCUCACUACGAAGACGACAGACGGCGAGACGAGGAUCAACCUCAGGGCGACAUUCAAGGCACCUGCGACUGCGAUGAGCAAGCUCGUGAGCACGCACACAAGUGUGAGCGGCUCGAUCAACCUCACGUACCCGCAAGAAUGGGAGGGUCAUCUGGAGGGUCAGAGUGUGACGGGCGUGCUACAUGUGCAGGGCAAGGACCUGGAGCUGAUUCGGCAAGAGGAGAGGCCUGGGUUGAAUCGCGUCGAGGCGAAGAAGGGUAAUGGUGGGAGCACGAUGGUCUUCAAAACGCUUAAUGGGGGCUGUGAUGUCCUGGUCGGGAAAAAAAGGUAA